AUGCUUACCGUUCAUCAUCUCGGCAUCUCACAGUCGGAACGAAUUGUCUGGUUAUGUGAGGAGCUCGAAAUUCCCUAUCAACUGAUUCGCUACGAUCGUGAUCCUAAGACACGUCUAGCUCCAGAAGAGUACAAAGCACUUCAUCCAUUUGGAACAGCUCCCGUCAUCAACGAUGGCGAUGUGGUAUUGGCAGAGUCCGGCGCAAUUAUCGACUAUAUUAUAUCAAAAUAUGGUAACGGUCGUUUCACCUUGAAAGCCGAUCACUCAAACUUCGCUGACUAUCUAUUCUGGUAUCAUUUUGCCAAUGGUUCAAUGAUGCAAGCUCUGUCUAUUGAUCUGGUUGUCAACCGAAUAAGUGGUGGAACACGAGACCCAGUAAUCGAGUCAUUGCUGGAUCGCGUUUAUCGUGCGUUUGAUCUAGUAGAAAAGCGGCUCAGCAUAUUUGAUUAUUUUGCUGGAAAUGAAUUUACUGCAUCAGACAUUAUGAUGCUCUUCCCAUUGACGACAAUGCGUGUCUAUACACCACUGGAUCUAAAGCCUUAUCCCAGUAUACGUGCCUAUCUAAAGCGUAUUGGAACACGUCCAGCGUACCAGCGGGCUAUGAAGAAGGGAGAUCCAGAUUUAAUUCCACUAUUGGACUGA